AUCACUGCAUCCCAUUCCUCUGCUCCGGAAUAGAUAACAAUGCUCUUCUCUGGGCAAAAGAGACAAGAGAUUAUCUCAUUUUGUCUGGAGUUUAAUCUUUACCCCUCUUUCCAUCUUCCUCGUGAUUGAAGCAUAAAGAUGCGUAUGUUGAUCUUUCUGCCAGUUGCAAGGACGGAUCCCUCUUCAAUCAUCAGCCUUUGCCAGAUGACCCGCUAUGGAGGCCCAUGAAGACAUUAACCAGACAACCCACACUUUGGGGAGCUCUAAAAGGAACUUGACCUAUUCCCCUUAUUACCAGCACUCGCUGCCCGUCGCUGCCAGCUACACCAUCGCCUACCUGCUCAUCUUCGUCUUCUGCAUGCUUGGGAAUGGCCUUGUUUGCGUCACCAUUUUGAGAAACAGGCGGAUGAGGACAGUCACCAACUUGUUCAUUCUCAACCUGGCCAUCAGUGAUCUGCUGGUGGGCAUCUUCUGUGUCCCCACGACACUCGUGGAUAAUUUGAUCACAGGAUGGCCCUUCAGCAACAGCAUCUGCAAGCUGAGUGGCUUGGCCCAAGGCAUGUCUGUUUCAUCAUCCAUCUUCACGCUGGUGGCAAUCGCAGUGGAUAGGUUCCGCUGCAUUGUCCAUCCAUUUAAACCCAAGCUCACCUUCUUGCAGGCACUCAAUGUCAUUGGCAUCAUUUGGAUCCUGGCAAUUACCAUCAUGUGUCCCUCUGCUGUCAUGCUCACUGUGGCACAGCAAGAGGGUAGCUACUUGGUCUGUGGUGACAACCAGAGCCUGGUGUACCCCUUGUAUUUCUGCUAUGAGGCCUGGCCAGAGAGUGAAAUGCACACUGUCUACACCACUGUGCUUUUUGUCCACAUCUAUGUGGCCCCGUUGAGCUUCAUAAUCUUCAUGUAUGGCAGGAUUGGAUUUAAACUCUACAUGUCCUCUGGUCCAGUAAGCCAGCACCACGUGGUAAGCGAAACUCAGCGCAAGACAGUAGUUUCCAAGCGGAAGCUGAAGGUCAUUAAAAUGCUUGUCCUUGUGACACUGCUGUUCAUGCUCUCCUGGUUGCCCUUGUGGACACUCAUGCUGUUCUCAGACUAUACAAACUUGGAUGAGGAGGACAUCAACCUUUUAGCUCGCCAUGGAUUCCCUUUUGCGCACUGGCUAGCCUUCUCUAACAGUAGCGUCAACCCCAUCAUCUAUGGUUACUUCAACGAGAACUUUAAGAAGGGCUUCCAGGCAGCUUUCAAACUUCAGAACUGCUCCAGAGAAAUGGUUCCUCAAGAAGUAUAUGCUGAGAAGACAACUGUCACUACCAAUGGCUUUGGUGCCAGGAAUAAAAUCCUCACCAGUGGAGAGUCUUCUGAUUCAAUCUGCUUGAAGAAUUUACAUCCCAAAGCUCCUUGUGGUCCAUCGACUGGAGAUGUUUAGAGAGAAGGACUAUAUGUGAUAUCGAACCCUUGAACUAAGUCUGCAAAGCUUUGGGCAUAUUAUUAUUAUUAUUAUU